AAUGGUGGUGAGUGUCUGCGUGCGUACGUCUCGGUGGCGCUGGAGCAAAUUGCACAAUGGCACGAUGAACAAGGCCACAAUGGACUGUGGUACGUCAUGCAGGUGGUGAGCCAGCUUCUAGAUCCAAGGACCUCAGAAUUCACUGCUGCCUUUGUGGGCAGGCUGGUCUCCACUUUAAUUUCCAAGGCAGGAAGUGAGCUAGGAGAGAAUCUGGACCAGAUCCUGAGAGCUAUCCUGAGCAAAAUGCAACAGGCGGAGACGCUCAGUGUAAUGCAGUCCUUGAUUAUGGUGUUUGCUCACUUGGUUCACUCACAACUGGAACCACUCCUGGAGUUCCUGUGUAGUCUCCCUGGACCAACUGGCAAACCUGCCUUGGAGUUUGUAAUGGCCGAGUGGAUGAGCCGGCAGCACUUGUUCUAUGGGCAGUAUGAAGGCAAAGUCAGCUCUGUAGCUUUGUGUAAACUCCUUCAGUAUGGCAUCAACACAGAUGACAAGCGACUUCAGGACAUUAGGGUAAAGGGAGAAGAAAUAUUUAAUAUGGAUGAGGGAAUACGGACACGAUCAAAGUCGGCCAAAAAUCCUGAACGCUGGACAAACAUUCCUUUGUUAGUAAAAAUCUUAAAAUUAAUAAUAAAUGAACUCUCUAAUGCGAUGGAAGCAAAUGCAUCUAGACAGACAACUGCAGAUUGGAGCCAAGAUGAUUCGAAUGAUAUGUGGGAGGAUCCAGAAGAGGAUGAGGAUGAAGAUGAAGGCUUAGCAGGACAGUUCUUAUCAGAUAUUCUUUCCACAAACAAGUAUGAUGAGGAUUACUAUGAAGAUGAUGAAGAGGAUGAUCCAGAUGCAUUAAAGGACCCUCUUUACCAAAUAGAUCUCCAGGCCUAUCUCACUGACUUCCUCUGUCAGUUUGCACAGCAGCCCUGCUAUGCAAUGUUUUCAGACCAUCUCAAUGAGAAUGAAAAGCGAGUGUUACAGGCCAUUGGUAUAUAAACCCACCUGAGAGACCAUCCAGAUCAUAUCUGAACAAUAUUUUUUUGGCUUAUUCCACGUUUUAUGACUAAACAUAAAACAUUUUCCAGUGUCUGCCUGCUUGUUACAGGUGGAUGAUGGCCUCAUUGCAAUGUCUUGAGCCUCAUCUUAACAUGAAUCUGCUAAGGGAAGGAAUACUAAGAAAGCAGCAAGGACAAAAGUCUGUAGAGCUUUGCACAUUGGUUUCACCAUGGGAGCACUUUCAUUUUCCACAGUAACUUUCCAGGAAGUUCUUAAAGAUUUAAAAAAAAUGUGUCCUUAAUAUUUUUAAAAGCAAACUGUCUCUACCUGUGAAGAGGCACUUAACUGAGUUACCCACAGCACAGUUGGACAGAGAAAGGAACUGGGUCACAGAUUGCUUGGAUAUGUCUUGAGAAAUUGGAAGGUUGUUCCUCUUUGCGCUCACAUAACACAUACAGGG